AUGCGAGGUCUGUACACAGGCCUGGGCUGGCAAUCUGUAGAUUCUGGGAAAGGCAUUGCUCGCGCCAUCAGACUAAGCGCCCGGUCGCUUUGUUCAAGCGUCACGCUGCUUGCGCGGCCGCUGCCCUCUAGUCCCUUUGCUCCGCCCCCUGCACACGGGGAUCGUGGGAUUGGCGCUGAGUACUUUCCCAGCUGGCCUUGCCGUGUGCUGUGGGUACAGCGCCAACUCUUCCUAGUGCCCUGCAGAAGCCCUCCCUGGUGCGGGAGUCAGGUGGCCAGCGGUGACUCGGGUGCUGCCCGGCAGGUAAUGUCGGAGAGCUGGGAGGCGGAGGAGCAGCUGGCUGGUACCUCGCCACCGGGCCGCGAAGGAGAGCCGUCCGGACUAGGAUGGCUAUUUGCUGGGGAGCUGCUGCUAAACGCGGCUCUUGUGCUUGUGGUGGUAUACGGGGCCUUUCGAAUCUACCUGCGCUGGAAAGGGUCGGGGUCGGGCGGAGUCGCUUCUUUGCCCCGUAUGAAACGCAGAGACUUCACCCUGCAACAACUGCAAGAGUAUGACGGGACGCGCAACCCCAGGAUCCUUCUGGCUGUCAAUGGGAAAGUGUUUGAUGUCACCCAAGGAAGCAAGUUCUAUGGGCCGGAUGGCCCCUAUGGGUUAUUUGCUGGCAGAGAUGCUUCCAGGGGACUAGCAACAUUUUGCCUCGACAAAGAAGCACUCAGAGAUGAAUAUGAUGACCUAUCUGACCUAAACGCUGUACAGAUGGAAAGUGUUCGGGAAUGGGAAAUGCAGUUUAAAGAAAAGUAUGAAUACGUUGGUCGACUGCUAAAACCAGGUGAAGAGCCAUCUGAAUAUACAGAUGAAGAAGAUGUCAGAGACCAUACAAAGCAGGACUGAACUUUGUUACCAGCCAAAGUCAGGGGCCGUUCAGGAAUUGCGUUCACUUUCCCUACAACAUAUAAUGAGGAGAUUUUGUGCUCCAUGAUAUUCGCCACAGUUUGUACAGGGAAAUGAGAAUUAAACGUGAUACUGCAAAAGAAGAUUUUAAUACUAGGCAUUAUGAUCUUCACUGCCAAGCAUUUUUCUCCCCCCUACAAAAGUUGAUCUUUCUGUGACCGAACCUUAUUAAUGAAGCAGGAUUCAGGAAAUCAGUUUUGUGAAAUGUGCAUUGUUACAUAUUUUAUUAGUACACUCUAACUGGCAUUUGUGGAGCAGCUCCACUUUGGCUUUAUGAGGAACCAGCCAUGAUUCUGCCAUAUGAGCAGUUCACAGAUCAGAAAGGGUAUAGAAAAGUAUACAUUUUUUAUGUGGUAUUUGGUUCAGACUUUUGAAAACCUGUUUUUUUUUUUGUUUUCCAUAAAUACAUUUAUCAGAUUAAGUCUGCACUACUUAAAAUAUUGUUCUCGUGAUUUUUUUUUUUUUUUUUAAAUAGUAGAUUUUCACUAGUAAUGCCAGGCAUUAUUGUCUCAGCCUACAUCAGGUGAAAGUAUCAAAGACUGGGCUAAAGUAUUUUAUCACCAUAACAAACGUGUGCGUCUCAGAGGGCAGUUCUGGCAAUCGGUGGGUUCUAAAUCCACUCCUUGUAUUCGUAGGUGAACCUCCUAUUACAUUGUAAGAUAAUAUUUCUCUGCAAUUCAUGCGCCCAAUCAAUUUUAACCCCUUUGCCGUUUUUGUUGCCUGUGAUCUAGUUAAUAAGAAAUGAAAUCCAGGCUUCAAAUGCAGCAAAGUAGGUAUGUGCCUUAUUUUUCUUGUACAGACUUGAAUUGCUUUAAGGGAAAUGCCCCCCCUCCUUCCCAGAUGUAUUCAGAGUCACUACAAGCAGCUUUGGUACUGAAGUUGAUGUUAUGUAUUGACUGGAAAAAGCAUCCUGUCAUUCUGAAUAAUCAGAAUGAAGGCAAAAUCUUCAGUAUUACUGCCAUACUUAUGAUGGUGUACAUAUACGUAGGACUGUAAGUGUCCCUCCCAAACAAUGCUUUAUUUAGUUGGAAUAGUCUGAUCUUCAUGUUUAGGUGGAGUAGUAUGUAUGCUUGUGAGCGCAUUUGUCUGCUGGAGCGGUGAGAGGUGUUUUCUGCAGAUACUGUAAAUAUGGGAACCAUUUUAAUAAAGCAUGUACAAUAAACCAAAAGCCACAGCUAAACUCCCUAUAAAACCAAA